AUGAGGAAAGAGAUGGAGAGGCUGCGACUGGGUGAUGUAGGAGUGGCUCCACAUUUGGUAUGGACCGAUGUGCCUCCCUGGAUUCUGCCCAUGCCAGAGAUAGACAUGACUGUGAUGAGUCUCGCCAAGGCAGGCUUCAACUACGUGGGGUCAGUGUCUCAGGCCCUAAUUGGUUGGUUUAAUUUCUAUUUUUGGUGUAAAACAGCAGCAGGGUUUGGGGUGUGCCUCGUCGGCUGGUGCUGCCGUAAUCUCUUCUGCUCUGUCCAUGGAGGAAAUCGCUGGACUAAAGGAAUUGGUCGCUCAGCUCCAGGCGGAGAAUCGGAGGCUUCAGGAACAGCAGAACCAGGAUGGAGCUCGACCUGGGACGUCAAGCUCCACUUCCACCUCUGA